AUGGGUGGUAGAAAUUCUAAGGAUAAUAAAAUAUCUUAGGAAGGAACAAACACAUAACACUCAACUCCUAAUAGUAAAAAUGUUUUAAUCUUUAAAGCUAGCAAUAGAGCCGAUAUCUCAGUUGAAAAUAAAAAAUCCAAUCCUACACUGUUCAAAAAAAGUACUAACAAUAAUUAUUCCUCAGUUAUUUCACUAAUAAGACAAGCCAACUAUAGUGUGGCCUUGAAACAAUUAGAAAUUAUGGAGGAUCUGCAUUCUUAGACUCCUGAUUUUCAUUAUUGGAAGGGUAACCUCUUAAAUUUACUUUCAGGUUUGGCAUAUCUAGGAUUAAAUGAUCUCCAAAAGGCUUAAGAAUCCUGUGAAUAAGCAAUUAAAUACGAUCCAAAUCACAUACUUGCCUUGGCAGAAAUAGGGAAUAUUUAUAUAUUGGCUUAAAAAUACGAGGAGGCUCAUUAAGUAUUCACAGAACUCUUGAAAAUAGACCAGAAGUCCUUUGAAGCCCAUUUGGGACUAGGCUUUAUUCGAACACAAAUCAAUGACUUUAAGACAGCAUAAUAGCAUUACGAGUUUGUUUUAAAUUGUGGUUUAGAGGAGAAAAUAACCUCUCUGAAUUAUGGCCACAUGUUGUUUAAAUAAAAAAACUAUGAUAUGGCCUUGAAAUUUUAUACAAAAUCAUUAGCCAUUGAUAAAGAAUAUCUGAGUGCCUUUCAAGCUAUUGGAAACUUAUAUUAUUAAUAAAAAAAGUUCAAUGAAUUGCUAGAAUUCUGUGAUUAGAAUAGCAGCAAUUCAUCUUGGAAUAUUCAUGUUUUAUAACUAAAAAGUUAAGCUUACUUUGGAUAAGAACAGUAUGAUAAAGCACAACAAAUGUGUGAGUUGAUCUUAAAGGAGGAUAAAAAUAAUAUUGAAGCUCUCUAUAAUAUUUCAAAAUGUCUCAAAGCAUAAGGCAAAUAUUCGUAAGCUCUGAAUUGCUUAGAGAAAGUUCUCUUACUUUCCCCAAAAAAUAAAAAAUUAUUAAAUUUUAAAGCAAAUCUCUAAAUAUCCUUAUAACGCUUCUAACAGGCUUUACAAACUUGUGAUGAACUAUUCGAAUUGGAUGCUAAUGAUUCAUACUCAUUUUAUAUAAGAGGUUUGGCGUAUAUGAAUAUGAAGGCAUUUGGUAAUGCAAUUGAUGAUUUUGAGAAAGCAAUAAAUUUUGAACUUCACCAUACUUUUAAUCAAAAAGUGUAUCAGUCUAAAAUUAAGUGUCAUUUAGAAUUUCAACAAUUUCAAUAGAUCUAAGAUUGCUACGACUUUCUACUGGCUUUUACUAAUAAUGAUUAAGAUAAAAUCAAAAUUCAUAUUGACAAAGGAUACUAUUAUUUAAUCUCGAAAAAUAUCGAAAAUGCAGAGAUAAAUUUCAAUAAAGCAUUAAAAUACUAAUUUAAUCUAUUGAACACUUAAAUUAAGAUUGCUAAUUGCUUUAGAGACACCAAGCAUUUUAAACAAGCUAUUAUGUUAUAUGAUAAGAUAAUCUAAGCAAAUUCGAAAUUUGUAGAUGCUUAUAUCGAAAAGGCGAUAUUAAUGGAUCUAUAAUAAAAUAACUCUUAAACGAUUCAUUUAUGCAGCAGAGCCAUUGAUCUAUAAAAAAACUAAGCCAAACCGUUUAUGUUGAGAGGAAAAGCAAAUAUGUAAACUCAAUAAUAUGAUGAAGCCUUACAAGACUUUGAGCAAGUAAUAAGACUGGAACCCAAUAAUCACCAAGCACUUUUUGAAUCUGGCUAGGCUUAAUACAUGUCAAGCAAUUUCGAGAAAGCAUGCGAAAUGUUUGGAAAGGCACUGGUAAUAGCACCAGAAAUUGAGUAAUAUCAUAUCAAGAGGGCAAUCGCUCUUUCUUUGCAAGAUUUUGAUAAAGAAGCAAUAGAGUAUCUAAAAGAUGCUAUUAAUUAAUUUCCAGAGUUUGAGGAUUGCUAAAAUCUGAUUGAUAGUUUAGAGGCCAAACCUAAACAUGUUAGAGAAUAUGCAAAUGUAUUUGUGUAUCUGAUAGUAAUGUUCUUCGAAAUUGGGGAAUAAUUAUCUAAAUAAGAAUCACUAGUACCAACUAUUGAAGUAGAUUCAAUUAUUAAAUUGCUGAAUCUAAAAAUGAAGGAGAAUUUUCCAAAAAUAUCAAAUCUAUUUGAAAUAGUUCGCUACUUUAUCUUGAAUAAGUUUGAUUGUGAAGUUAAGAUUAGCAAUGAACAAAUAAUAAGAAUUCUAUUGUCUAUAUAUUAAGCCAAGUAUCAUCCUGACAAUGGCACAAAAGUAGUUAUGAUAAUGGAUAUGAUAGAAUUAGGUAAAAAGAUUGCGAGAUUAAAAGAUAGAUAGAUUAGGGCAGGUAUUAAAUUAGAGAAUUAGAGAAUUCAAUCAGAAUUCUUGAAAUUCUUAUCUAAAUCUAAUAAUUCUAUCUUUAUCUCCUCUUCUGCUGGAUUUGCUAUAAAAGAUUCAAUUUAAGUUCUGCUAUUUUUAAUAUUAAACUUUAAUACUAUAAACUCUGAUUUAACAAAUCUCAAGAACUCAAUAUAUAGUAAUGUAAAAAAUGGGGUUUUAGAUGCCAUAAAACCUAAAUGA